AUGGGUAAAAGAGGUAUAGUCAGUCUCCAACAGAAUAACAAGGUGAGUGCUUUGCAAAGCAAAGAGACUAAUGUCAAGAGACAGAAGCAUGAUGCUUAUGAAAAUGCUAAAGUUUUAACUAGAUCAAUGUAUUUAGAUCUAGAUUUAAGACCUAAUUUGGGGUUUUCGGGCCAAGAUGAUGAUAAUAACAUGGAGCAUGCCUGGGGACGUGCAGUGAAUUCAAGUAAUUUUUUGGUGUUUACAGAUGGAGAGUCGAAUCAGAAGGGCAACAAUAGCAUUAUGAAUCUCGAUGAAAUUCCAGAAAGGACCUCAACACCAGUCAGUUCCAGAAUGAAAGAGAAGAUGCACAUCGACUCUGGCAAUCAGGAUAAUGAGACGCACAUCCAAAUUGCGCUAAGAAGAAUAUCCGAUAUAUUAAAUAAAGAAUUAGAUAUUCAUCCAGUCGAGACCGAGUUAAACAACAAUACAGGAACUCCAUUCCGGUACACGAAUUAUUCUGCUUUUGAUUCUAAAUCUGAUAAUGGAGAUGAUGAUUGUGAUUUCAAAUAUUGUCAACAUACGUCAUUGAAUGGUGGUUUAAAUAGAAAAUGCCAUGGUGAAGUAAGAUUUAUCCCAACAUGCCAAGAACUAGACCCAAUGGAAGAUAUUCUGGAAGAUGAGGACAAUGAAUGUACGUAUUUUUCAAGUGGCUGCGAGGGUACAUAUCAAGGAAGCAAUUAA